CCUCAUCUUAACUUAAAUUAUGUCUUUAAUAACCCUAUUUCUAAAUGCAGUGACAUUCGGAGGUAUUGAGCUGAGGACCUGAACACAUCUAUUUUUCGGGUUGUCAGGGGGAAACCAACUCAAACCAAAACAGAUGGUAAAUGGUAGCUCUGACAUCAAGGCUACAAGGGUAGGUUGAUAAAUAAAAGGUCCUUUGGGAAAAUAGAAUCAUGUACAAAGCUGAAUAAAUUACCAGAAUAGCAGAAGUAUUAUAAAAACCUACUAAUUGACAAAGUGAUGAGAAACAAGGAGAACAAUAGGACAAAUAAGGUAAUAAAUGGAAAAUCUAUGAAGCAAAUAGCAAGGCAGCUCAAUAUCAUGACUUUAUGUUAUAUCGUAACAUUUACUACAUGCAAAUUUUUUUAUUCUCCUGUCAAUUUGUUUAGAUUAUUAUUAAAGUGAAGGUACAACAUUUUGAAACUCAGGUAGAGAUUUUGCAGACGCUCAUGACUAAGGCUAGAAACCUGGUUUGAGAAAUGGGUUGGAAGGACAGACAAUCCUGGGGAGGUGAGCAGACAGGACUACACUGCUGAGUCCAUUAUGAUGGGGCACAAUGUGGGGCUGGACUCCUGCCCUCCACCCGCCCCAUGCCCCAGCUCCCCAGCCCUCUCCCUGUGACAGGCAGGCCUGAGAGUGUCCUUCCCGUGGUUUUGAUCACACGGGAAUCCACAGGUUCCAGACAGAAAUCAAAGUCCUUCCUUGAUGAGGGAUCCUGGACUGGACAUGCCCUUUUCUGGGCUUUGGUCUUCAUCUGAGCACAUGAUGCACUCCACUGCAGGAUUCUUUACACAUCUGUCUCUCCCCUCACGAUGUGGUGAGUUCUCUGAAGACAAGACCCUGUUGGAUCUCAUAUACCAAGCACUGGAUCCUCGGACCCGGCUUCUCCUGCCAUCUGCCAACCUUGAUCCCUCUGCGGCGAGUCCUUGUUCUCAGGCUCUCCUUAAACACAAACAUCAUGCAAUAACUUUUUUCCUCUAAUAGGUUGAAAAUGUGGUGGCUACUUGUAACAAUGUGUUUCAUCCACAUGUCUGGAAAUUCAUUUUGUUUCCUUGGAAAAAAAGCGGUGAACCCUGAAGCCAACAUGAAUAUUAGUCAGAUGAUUUCCUACUGGGGUUACCGAAGUGAAAUGCAUAAAGUUAUAACUGCAGAUGGUUACAUCCUUCAGGUCUAUCGGAUUCCUCAUGGGAAGAAUGAUGCUGAUCAUUUGGGUCAGAGACCUGCUGUGCUUCUGCAGCAUGGUUUCCUAGCAUCGGCCACAAAUUGGAUUUCCAACCUACCCAGCAACAGCCUGGGCUUCCUCCUGGCGGAUGCUGGAUAUGAUGUGUGGCUGGGAAACAGCAGAGGAAAUACCUGGGCCAGGAAAAAUUUAUACUAUUCACCAGACUCAGCUGAAUUCUGGGCUUUCAGCUUUGAUGAAAUGGCUAAAUAUGACCUUGUAUCCACAAUCAACUUCAUUUUAAGUAAAACUGGACAGGAGAAGCUACACUAUGUUGGCCAUUCCCAGGGCACCACCAUUGGUUUUAUCGCCUUUUCUACAAAUCCCACGCUGGCUAAAAAAAUCAAAGCCUUCUAUGCAUUAGCCCCAGUUGCCACAGUGAAGUAUACCAAAACCCUGUUGAACAAACUUGCACUCAUUCCUCCCUUCCUCUUCAAGAUUCUAUUUGGUAACAAAUUGUUCUACCCACACGAUUUUUUGGAAAAAUUUCUUGGUGCUGAAGUGUGCUCCCGUGAGAUGCUGAAUGUCGUUUGUAGGAAUGCCUUGUUUGCCGUGACUGGAUUUGAUAAGAAAAAUUUGAACAUGACUCGCUUAGAUGUGUAUCUAGGACAUAAUCCAGCAGGAACUUCAGUUCAAGACGCCCUCCACUGGAGUCAGGCUGUUAAGUCUGGGAAAUUCCAAGCUUUUGACUGGGGAACCCCAACUCAGAACAUACUGCAUUAUAACCAGGCCACACCUCCCAACUACAAUGUGACAGCCAUGGAUGUACCAAUUGCAGUAUGGAGUGGUGACCAUGACUUGUUGGCUGACCCUCAGGAUGUUGGUCUUUUGCUUCCAAAACUGUCUAAUCUCAUUUACCACAAGGAAAUUCCUACUUACAAUCACUUGGACUUUAUCUGGGCAAUGGAUGCACCUCAAGAAGUUUACAAUGAAAUCAUUUCUAUGAUGGCAGAAGAUAAAAAGUAGUGCUGGAUUUAAAGAAUUAUUCAUGUACUUUUCCCAAAAUGAUUUCUUCUCUUCCACAUAGUUUUCUGUACUGUUUUAAAUGCAAUGUUUCUUUCUGUAAUUCUGACUUUCAAAAUAUAUUAGCAUCAACAAA